UUCGUCCCCCACCAUUUCAGCUCACGAUAUUUCAUCCACAUUCGUUUCCACUUGCAGUUCAUCUGUUUUAUGAACCUCUUACGAUUCCCAAUAAGCACUCAAUCCUUUUACACAUUCUACAUGAAUCCUUAAGCCCACUUCCUCAUGCCUGAUACCUCCCAUCCUCUCUUAAACUUCGUUUCCUCGGCCUUUGGGGCCAUUUCCAUAUCUAUCUGGAUGUGUGCCACGCUACCACAGCUACUACAAAACUACAAAGCCAAAUCUACGAAAGGGAUCUCAAUCCACUUUCUCGGACUCUGGUUCUUGGGGGACGCGCUAAAUUUCACCGGCUGUUUGCUCACAGGCCAGUUACUUUUCCAGACAUUACUUGCUGGCUUUUUCGUGUUUUCCGAUUCAAUGCUUUUGCUACAGAGGCACUACUAUUUGAGGCGGGCCAGGGCCCCAGCUUACCAAUUACCGCCUCAGGCAACUCCUUUCAAGAUUUCGGCCACCAUCUUAUCGUCCACGGCUUCAGCUCUAGGAUCUCCCUUAUGGUCCAGAGAGCUUCCUGUAGCAUCAGAAUCGCACACAAUUGGACGAAUAAUCGCGUGGAGCUGUACUGCUAUUUACAUUCUCUCUCGCAUACCCCAGCUUCGCAAAAACUACCAGCGAAAGUCCACUGAAGGAGUCUCUCCGCUCUUGUUUUGUUGCACUUUGGCAGGAAAUCUAACCUAUACACUCUCAAUCUUAACCAGUACUGAACUUUUGUUCCUGGAAAGUAGCAGGCCGCUGUUUCUUCAACGGGAACUUCCCUACAUCCUAGGCAGCAUGGGUACGGUGGUGUUUGACCUAGGGUUUUUCUGGCAGUGGAGAAUGUAUGCGAAAGCUCCUCUAGUGGCAUAUGAAAUGCACAAUGUUGAAACUGACCGCGAGGAAAGUGCAGCCUUUGCUGAUUGAUCCCCUGAACCGCA